AUGGCUUCCCUCGAUGGAGGUGCAAGGAAGAGGAGAAAGCUAGACGACUCUGUACCUCCAGCAGAUACCCUCAUUACCUCUUCAUCCCAACUCAAAAACCUCUUCAAUGUUCCGAGUGAAUCCUCAAACGAGAUCAAGAAAGCCGUUGAGAAGUUCACACACUUUCUGUCUAGCGUUUCGAGGGACGCAAAGUCUAACGAUGGAGAGCGACAAUUGAAAAUACUGAAGACCUACUGCGACGAUCAAUCCUCGUCCUCUCACGACAAGGUCGAUUUUCCAGACUUACUCAGCGCCUGGUCAAAUGCGAGCCAGUCAAAUGACGACGCCGUCUUUGCUACGGUGCCGGCGGCCUUGACACAAUUCUUCCAGGCAAUCUCGGGCAAUGUGGACUUUCGUGAAUUCGGGCUGUCACUCUGCUACAGCUUGCUGAAGCGUGACCAGCUUCGACUGUUCGACAAAGGGCUAUCUUCACCUCGGAACAAAGACCUCGUUAUAAGUCAUUGUCUGCAACUUCUGACGGAAGUCAUCAGCUUCGAUGCUGGUGCCCUUGCAACCAAUGUCUUCGGAAGGAGGGAUCUGCUCUACAGGUGCCUUGAUGGUAUUCUAAACCAGCCGAAACUUGGAGACCACCGCCUGAAAGCUCAUGCCUCCGCCCUCGAAUUCCUACUUGCGAAUCUAAGGUAUCUAGAUGCCACCUCCAAAGGCGAGCUCAUCACCCAAGGAAAGACGUUGCACGCAGCAUUCCGAAGCUUGCCUGUCCAAAGCUCAGACAUUAUCAUUGAAACGAUAAACGCCCUCGAGAAGUCAAUUCUUGGUGACGCAAAUUUGUCUAAGCAGUUGAAAAUUCGAUGCUUCAACUCGGGUAACCUUUCAGCCUUGGCCAAGUUGUAUGAUUUCGAUACCUUCGAUUCUGAGGACAACACAGACCGUUCGCCUGCUGUCCGCGAAGCCCUCCAACAUCUACUUCUACAAGUCUGCGCAACGCCUAAAGGUGUGCUCCUUCCACAGACAGGAUGGUAUCCUGCCGGACUUAACCCUGAUGCCCCUCGGCCGGAUAGUGAUAUGAUUGACCUGGGCCUGGACUCGCCUUACUACUCCGAUGACUACGCCGACAAAGUGCCAGUCAAGAACAAUUCCCUCGCAACCUUCAUCCAGACACUUCAUCCUGAGAAAGACGUCUUACAGGCUCAAUUGGUUACUUCCAUCUUCGCGGCCGGCCCUGAAUUGGUUGCCGAUUACUUCACCAAGAAACGAAAGGUUUUAGCAUCUCCUGCCGAUGACCCUCUAUGGCGUGGUCAAUUCGCUUUCCUGUUUUCCAUUGUCCAACUUCCCGUACCCGAAAAUUGUGGCUGGCACGACAAGUCACCGGCAUCACCACCACCCCUUUCGGUCGUCAUUGAGAGCAUCCUUCCUCGACCUCUGGAUCGAGCGACGGUGACAAAAUGUCUUCACUCAGACGAGGAUGUCCUCGUUUUGUCGGCUGCUCGUUUGCUGACAGUUUCACUUGAAAAACUCGAUUCUGUGUUGACAGUGUUCGAGCAAGGGCAUCCGGGAUCCCAUCUGUGGACACAGGCUUCCAGCAAGCUGAUCAACUUGUUCAUUGAGAGAAUACCCCAGCUACAAGACACGAUCACGGGGUUGCAGCGCCUCACGAAAGGGAAAGAGCAAAUUCGAACGGUGGUCCUCGAAUGUAUCGCUACCUAUCACCGGGUCAUGCCAUCUUUGACGGCCGGCGCAAAAUUUGAUAUUGGGCCGAUAUUCAUUCAGAACUUACAAAGGUUGGACCCCGGUAGCUUGGACGCCGACAACAAGGAAACUCUGGAGGAACAGCUGCCUCAUCUUUCGCAGAUUGCCGAAAAAUCGCCUGCGACGAAAUGGUUCCACAAACCGAACGCGGAAACGUUAUCAUUGAUGGCACAGGUGCUCAGAUAUUGUGUUUCCAAGCCUGACAGUCCUUUCACAAAAAAUGCGGCACCCAUCAUCCAGCCCCUACUUCGGAUCAAAGGUGUUCUUAGCAACAAUGUGCAAUCCCUGGGAGCUCUGUUUGCGAGUCUGGCCUCAACCAAGAAAUGGGAACCCGAGCCCGCCACGUACCAAUUCUUGGACAACUGUAUGACGAGGACAAUGCAAAGGCCAGUCAAAUAUCUCGAUCAGGUUGAACAGGAACAAAAGAUGGCGUCAGACUCGAAGGAGCUUAGUCUCAUCGCUUGCUGUAUGUCGGAACAGUGGCCAUUCGUGGUCAAGAAGGGCGACAAGAAGGGAACCAAGAACGUCGCCGAGUGGAUCGCUCGUUUCUUCGGUGCCCUCGACGCCGCUGGUGAGAAUUAUCGAGUCAUGACCACCCUGAAACAGGCCAUGCUGGAAAGUGCGCAACAAAACGCCAAAGCCCGCGAAUACCUGGAGAAGGCCUUUGAGAAACAACGAAAGACAGCGCCUGCUCUACCUGAGCUCGGGUCGGAAGAUGGUGCACAAGUUUUUGGAUCGCCCGUCGAGAACCAAGUCGACGCCGCCCACAGCCCUACAACUAGACAGGAAGAGCUUGUUCGGACGGUCGACCUCGACGAGACUUGUCCCCCGCUUCCACGUAUCCCGACGUCCCUUUCCGGCCUCGACCGUUGGACCAAACCCGACUUUGAGACCGAGAUUCACUCGGGACGCCUGGCCGAUCUGCUCCGCUGCCUCGUCCACCCGGAGGCCGAGAUCCGCGUGCAGGCCUUCCACACGGUGCAGACCGUCAUGCACGCCGUGGAACAGUCGGCGUACCCCGAGAAGACGCAGCUCUACCUCUUGUUGGGCGAGGUCAGUGAGACGACGCGGGUCGCCUCAGCCGCCAGCGGCGGCGGCGGCGGCGGCGGCGGGUUUGUCGGCCCUCCACCACCGUCCGUGGUGGCGGAACUGGCGGUGCACCUGCUGCCCGUGGUCGCCGACCCGACCUCCCCCUACUACCGCAAGGCGAACCGGUUCCUCCUUCUGGGGCCGCACUGGACCGUGUCGAGGUUGCUGCCUCACUGGCUCUCGGCCACGUUCCUGUCCGAACCCGAGGCCGACGACACGGACGUGGGGAACCAAAACGCCCAGGCCCUGGAGGUCGACCACCUCUUGGGCUUGCUCGCCGCCUCGCUCAGGACCGAGGUCGAUCUGGACUUGUUCCGGCGCGGUCACGUCUUCACGAGGCUGAUGAGUCACUUUCUCUCGUCGAACACUCCCCGAAACACGAGAACCAAGAUUCUUCACGUCCUUCACCGUGCCGCCGGUGUCCCCGGUGGGAGUGACACCCUCAUCACGCGCACGGGGGUCAGGGAGUGGUUGGUGGUCGCCGCGGAGGUGACUGAUCGUCACGCUGGUGGGACCACCGUCGGUGGUGGCGGUGGUGGUGGACGGCAAUACGAAAGUGCGGCCGAAAAGGUCGAAAUGGACAAUCGUACGAGAAGAUUGGUGGAUGCUCUCGCCGCGGAGAUUGACCAAACUUGUACAAAGAGUGUCAUUGAGAGGUGGGAAGCAGACAGACCUUUGACGAGGCUCGAGAGGGAGAGGGUAGAAACGUAAAUACCCCAAGUUAGCUUCCCACCUGAGAUGGGUCAUCGGACGUUACGAGGGGUGACAAGACACAACAGUCUCUCUUUCUCGGAAGAAGGACAGGUGGAAAGAGAAAACCACGAAAUUGUGACUUGAAGGUGCAGACGCACGUACUGUACUACCCAUAGAAAAGAAUCACACACGCGCGGACAAAAUGACUUCCAUACCGAAAAGAAAGGCUACAAUCAUCAAAAUUUCACAGACAAAGAC